UCCAACAGUUUCCAUCUUUAAAAUGUAUAAAUAUCAACAAAUAUCAUUUCUAGCAAUAAUUUCCGUAUUAUUGCUGAGGCAUGGAACAAAUGCCUCCAAGAAUAACUUGGGGAUUAUAAAUGGAGAUGAAGUGGAACCUCAUUCCAUGCCUUAUAUGGUUUCUAUUCAAUCGGUUGUGAAUGGUACUAAAAUACUUUGUGGUGGAUCUUUGGUAUCGGAACGUUUAGUUUUGACUGCAGCGAAAUGUCUAUACGGAGCAACAGAAGCUGUACUCACAUUGGGUGCGCACGAUUUAAACCAAGUUGAAAAGGGUCAGUUAACGAUAAAUUCUUCUUCUUUCAUCAUCCACGAAGACUACACACCUUCUGGAUUGAUACACGAUAUAGCACUCGUCCAAUUGCCAAAAGAUUCAGUUCAACUUAGUGAUACCAUUUCCGUUAUAACACUUCCUGACGUUGUUGACAUAACGAACACCUACAUAGAAGAAGCCCCCACCGUUGCUGGAUGGGGUAAAACUUCUGAUACAAAUUCUAAUUAUAGUAACGUCCUACGAUACCAGAAUUUGACAGUUAUACCACUCCUAGCUUGCGAAUUACCCUACGUAUUCCAUAUAGACGUCACUCAACUUUGUACUUCUGGUGUAUCUGGAAGUAAUAUUUGCCUGGGAGAUAUUGGGAGUCCCCUGGUGUUAAACGGAGUUCAAAUUGGUAUUGCUUCAUACGGCAGCGAAUGGGGUUGUGCAAUAGGUUUUCCUGGAGUUUUCACUAGACUUACGAGUUAUUUAGGCUGGUUAUCAUUGUAGAAAAAAUCGAUAAUAAAUUUUUUUUCAAAUUAC